AGGAAGUCGAGAAUAAUCACGUGAUAACAAAUGGUGGGUUCUUAUCGUCUUGCGAAGGGAGUUGCGAUGAUGUGACCAUUUGUUCAGAAUUUAAAUGGUUCGGAGCUCGAUCACACUGUUUAGGCCCAUGUUUUCGAAUUUCCCGAAAAUGCAAGCUUGCUGGCCAGUAUGAACUACAGCUGUACUCUACAGUUUCCUUUGGCAACACCCCUGCUUUACUGACGGAAUUUAGUCGUAGGUGGAAAUUGGAAAAUGUCAGAAGGCUCUUCAAGUGGGUCUCUUUUUGAACUUAAUGUGACAGUUGUUUCAGCAAAGUUGAAUUCAUCUGGAAUACUGUUCAAGCCAGACCCUUAUGUUGAGCUCAGUGUUGAUGGUGGAGUUCCUGUCAAAACAGAGUACAGCAAAAGUACCUGCAAUCCCAAAUGGGACGAGCAAUUUCCGGUGUUGGUGACCCCAUAUUCGAAGCUCCAUUUUCGUGUUUUCAACCACAACUCCCUAAUGAAAGAUGCACUCCUUGGUGAAGGCUGUCUUGAACUCUACCAUGUAUUGGAAAAGGCUGAUGGAAAAUUGGACAAAGUACCACAACCAUUGGAAUUGAGCUGUGGCAGCAAACCUGGCCGUAGUUACAGCUACUUGCUGACCAUUCUGGAUGGAAUGAAUAUUGACAUGAGCUGGUAUCCGCCGAAGGAAGGAAUGGCCACAGCACACCCUAGAAGAGAAGCAGCACCCAAAAGCUCAUCAUCUGGGUCCAUCCAUCAACAACACAAUGGAUCCGUGUCCGGCCAUAUGACCGUUGUAAAUGACCAAGCUGAGCUUGGUAGCCGGCAGUGGGGCACACCUGCUGGAGCACGGAUCCGAGUGCGCAAGAGCCAUAACAGCAGUGAGGCCCCUGUGACCACAGCUGCGGCAGCACCUUUGUCUUCGUCUGCAGCAGAGGCAGCAGGUAAUGGGCCCACUUCUUCUGACCAGCCGUUGCGCCAAAGCACCCAAAGUUCUGCAAGCAGCAGUGGAAACUCCAGGCCAGAGGGAACGUCUCAAGGGGCCCAUUUUGCCAUGCCCAGCUCUUCAUCGGCAGCUGUGGAGGAGUCGCCCCAGCUAGGUGUAGGCACUGGUAGCCAGGCCUCACCAUGGUCCUCGACCUCUACCAUGGUUAUCCGCAUGGACAAUAGUGGCGGGGAAGCAGGAAGCUGGUGGGCUGCUGCAGAAACGUCUUCCGAAGGAGCUUCAGGUCAGCAGAGUCGCCUGCGCAGGACCGGUGUUCCUGCCUCACCCUGUGGUCGUGCAAGCCGCACGACUCCAGCUGCAGGUGCAGCUGCAGGGACGGGCCCUGCAGGCACUCCACCCGCUGCAGCUUCAGGGGCUUCUACUGACGAGGAGCAGUUGCCCCCUGGGUGGGAGGUGAGGUACGACCAGUUUAAUCGCAAGUACUAUGUGGACCACAACACACGAAGCACAACAUGGGAACGACCGCAGCCUUUGCCUCCUGGUUGGGAGAUGAGACGUGACAACAGGGGACGAGUGUAUUACGUAGAUCACAAUACAAGGACGACUACAUGGCAGAGGCCAACAGCUGAGAGUGUGCGUAACUAUCAGCACUGGCAGUCAACACAGGCUCAAGCCAUGCAGCAGUGCCAGCAGCGCUUCCUGUACCAUACACCAGUCCAGGUAGAUGAUGACGAUCCACUGGGUCCUCUGCCUGAAGGUUGGGAAAAAAGAAUUGACCCAAACAAUCGUGUGUACUUUGUGAACCACAAGAACAAAACGACCCAAUGGGAAGACCCACGCACUCAAGGGAAGGAAGAGCCUCUCCCUCCAGGUUGGGAAAUCAAGUACACAGCAAACAGAGUACGCUACUUUGUGGACCACAAUUCCAAGACAACAACAUUCAAGGACCCUCGUCCAUCUCCAAAGGGAGCCUAUGGAGUGCCAUUAGCUUAUGAACGAAAUUUCAAGUGGAAGCUUACGCAGUUCCGUUACUUGUGCCACUGCAAUUCUUUGCCCAGCCACAUCAAGAUAACAGUCUCCCGAGGAAACAUAUUUGAAGAUUCUUUUGGCCAAAUUAUGCGGGUUCCACCGCAUGAACUGCGAAGAAGGCUCUUCAUCACAUUCAAGGGGGAAGAAGGCCUUGAUUAUGGAGGAAUAGCCAGAGAGUGGUUUUUCCUGCUGUCACAUGAGGUCCUCAACCCCAUGUACUGCUUGUUUGAAUAUGCGGGAAAGAACAACUACAGCCUGCAGAUUAACCCUGCAAGCUCUGUGAACCCUGACCAUCUGCUGUACUUCCGGUUCAUCGGGAGGUUUAUUGCCAUGGCUCUUUUCCAUGGGAAAUUUAUAUACAGUGGAUUCACACUUCCCUUCUACAAGCGUAUGCUUGGCAAAAAGCUCACCAUGAAGGACAUUGAGUCCAUAGACAAUGAGUUUUAUAAUUCUCUCAUCUGGAUCAAAGAAAACAAUAUUGAAGAGUGUUCACUUGAACUGUACUUCAGUGUUGACUUUGAGGUGCUAGGGCAAAUCCAGUCACAUGAACUGAAGCCCGGUGGAGGAGAAAUUAGAGUUACUGAAGAGAACAAAGAUGAGUACCUGAGGCUGAUGACAGAUUGGCGGUUCUCACGAGGCCAGGAAGAGCAGACAAAGUCAUUUUUGGAUGGCUUUAAUGAAGUCCUGCCUUUGGAAUGGCUUCAUUACUUCGAUGAACGGGAACUUGAGUUGAUGCUCUGUGGAAUGCAAGAAAUUGACAUUGAUGACUGGCAGCGAAACAGCAUCUACCGGCACUACACUCGUAACAGUAAACAGGUUAUCUGGUUCUGGCAGUUUAUCCGAGAUAUGGACAAUGAAAAACGAGCACGUCUACUACAGUUUGUCACAGGCACUUGCCGUGUACCUGUUGGUGGAUUUGCUGAGCUUAUGGGGAGCAAUGGGCCACAGCGUUUCUGCAUCGAGAAAGUGGGCAAAGAGACGUGGCUUCCUCGAAGUCACACAUGUUUCAACCGGCUGGACUUGCCACCCUACAAGAGCUAUGAGCAGCUGGUGGAAAAGCUGACCUAUGCCAUAGAAGAGACAGAAGGCUUUGCUCAGGAAUGAUGCCUUCUCUGCCCCGUACAUCUGCUCGUGGGGCAGCAAGAGUUUAAAGAGAAGCACUUGGGGACCCUGUCAGGCUGAAGGAGAUAACCUGGAGAAUGUUGAUAAGGAGCUUAGAUCUCUCCAAUGCCAGCUGUCCAGGGCAUUUAGGUUAUGUGCUACCUUCAAGGCAGCAAGCUACAUUGCCUGACAAAGUGCAAUGAGCCCUUCUUUUUUUAAUUGAGAAAAGAGAUGAAAGGUAACUUCAGAUGCGUUUUUGUUGCCUUUGUUCUGCUUGCUUGACAUUGUUUAUGCACUGCUCGUUUUCUGCAUUCAGGCCUAAAGGGUGCAACUUGUUUGGCUUGAAUUCCUGUAUGUUUUGGUACUGUGAUAAGCGACAACACCACACCGGUAAUUGUAGUGGUGCAACGAUUUUCUUGAGCAGUCAGCUGCUUUGACCUGUGUCUGCUUUUAUGUUUUAGUCAGCUCUGGUGCUGCUUUACAGCGGCAUCCAGUGUAAUUGAAGUUGGUUCCUUUGUUGAAUGGUCUCUCUUAGUGACAUUUUGCCACUCUGGGUAGCUAAUGUGAGACUUCUGCAUGGCUGUGGGCGUUUGUAAAGCCAUGGUCCUCAUUAACUUUAAGGAAUAUAUAUUUAUUCUCUGCGUAUGCUCACUUGGCAAAAAUGAUGAGAACUGGUCUGGUAAAGUAUCUGGCUUUUUAUUCAUUGGUGCGUGUCAAAUGUGCAUCCCACUCGGUGAAAAAAAGAAGAAAAGU